AGUAGUAGUAGUAGUAGUAGUAGUAGUAGUAGUAGUAGUAGUAGUAGUAGUAGUAGUAGUAGUAGUAGUAGUAGUAGUAGUAGUAGUAGUAGUAGUAGUAGUAGUAGUAGUAGUAGUAGUAGUAGUAGUAGUAGUAGUAGUAGUAGUAGUAGUAGUAGUAGUAGUAGUAGUAGUAGUAGUAGUAGUAGUAGUAGUAGUAGUAGUAGUAGUAGUAGUAGUAGUAGUAGUAGUAGUAGUAGUAGUAGUAGUAGUAGUAGUAGUAGUAGUAGUAGUAGUAGUAGUAGUAGUAGUAGUAGUAGUAGUAGUAGUAGUAGUAGUAGUAGUAGUAGUAGUAGUAGUAGUAGUAGUAGUAGUAGUAGUAGUAGUAGUAGUAGUAGUAGUAGUAGUAGUAGUAGUAGUAGUAGUAGUAGUAGUAGUAGUAGUAGUAGUAGUAGUAGUAGUAGUAGUAGUAGUAGUAGUAGUAGUAGUAGUAGUAGUAGUAGUAGUAGUAGUAGUAGUAGUAGUAGUAGUAGUAGUAGUAGUAGUAGUAGUAGUAGUAGUAGUAGUAGUAGUAGUAGUAGUAGUAGUAGUAGUAGUAGUAGUAGUAGUAGUAGUAGUAGUAGUAGUAGUAGUAGUAGUAGUAGUAGUAGUAGUAGUAGUAGUAGUAGUAGUAGUAGUAGUAGUAGUAGUAGUAGUAGUAGUAGUAGUAGUAGUAGUAGUAGUAGUAGUAGUAGUAGUAGUAGUAGUAGUAGUAGUAGUAGUAGUAGUAGUAGUAGUAGUAGUAGUAGUAGUAGUAGUAGUAGUAGUAGUAGUAGUAGUAGUAGUAGUAGUAGUAGUAGUAGUAGUAGUAGUAGUAGUAGUAGUAGUAGUAGUAGUAGUAGUAGUAGUAGUAGUAGUAGUAGUAGUAGUAGUAGUAGUAGUAGUAGUAGUAGUAGUAGUAGUAGUAGUAGUAGUAGUAGUAGUAGUAGUAGUAGUAGUAGUAGUAGUAGU